CUGAACGAGGCUGGUCGCUGUAUAAAUCCCUUUCUCCCUCCAUUUUACCUUCCAAAAAAAAGCCUCCCUCCCUCUCUUCGUCUCUCUUUGGGAUGGCCUCAAACUCACCUUCAAAACGCAAAAGAUCGCGUUCUCCAAACCCUAGUCCGGUAAGCUCCCCCGACAAUCCCGAAAACUGCAGCGAUUCCGAACUCUCCAGAUCAAAAUCCAGAAGGAAAUUCGACCUCUCCGUUGACGUCUGCAAAGACUACAUCAGAGAUCACUGCAGACGCUCUAUUAUCGACUGCAAAUUCGCACAUCCCCACCCUUCCGUCACUAUUGAACGGAACAAAGUCAUAGCAUGCGCCGAUUCACUUCGGAAUCAGUGUUUCCGAGGAAGAACAUGUCGCUACUACCAUCCUCCACCUCAUAUACAAGAGUCACUCAGGUUGGCAGCUGGUAUACAGGAAGUCAAAGUUGAAAUGGUAUGUAGGGAUUUUAUGAGGGGUCGAUGCUUAAGAGAACCAAAUGAAUGCCGAUAUGCUCACCAUUCUCCUGCCAUUGACGACCAUGCCAUUGUUUGCCAGGACUUUUUACAUGGAAAAUGCAAACGGAAAUCUUGUCGAUACUCUCAUGUUUUAGCUCAUGGAAUGCCUCAGCAACAUGGAGCACCUAUGAAGUCUCCUGGUUCUCGGCUUCAACUUGGAGAUGAUGCUACAACCUUACCUGUGUGCAAGGACUUCCUCAAGAGAAAUUGUUCUCGUGAUUCUUGUAAAUUUGCUCAUCCUGAUCUUUGCACUGAGCUUUGUUUUCCACAGGUAAUUGACAACCAAGUAGAAGUCUGUCGUGACUUCCUCCGAGGAACCUGUCGUCGAACUGGUUGCCGUUUCUAUCACCCAUUGGCUACAACUAGUACCGCAAUGUCCAGUGGACUCAAAAGUCUGCCAUUGUGCUAACCAUGGAUGAAGCGUUCCAGCAACAAGGAUGUUUAAGACAUACAGGAGGGUGCCAAGGUAUAUUAUCCACCAAGCAUACUCCAAAGUUUUUUUCUUGUAUUGUGGAAAUGCUCCAUUUGAUGAGCUUCCCUUAUCUGCCAUUGAAGUUAACAGAAUGACUUGCUGUAUUACUUCAGUCUUUUGCUGCUGCCGCUGCCGCUGCUGCCUGCUGCACUGGCAAAUUGACUGCUAAAUUGUUGCAUGCUCACGCGCAAUAUCAAUUUUCAAAUGCCCUCCGAAGGUUACUUAUAUUUGACAGCUUGCCUUCACUUUGUGAUACGAGUCACUGCUAAAUAUGCCUUUGAAGUUUAUGCUUGGAUAUUCCACCUCUCUGGCAUGAUGGAAGUUAUGGUGGCAUGUAGAUUGCAUGCUUGUACGCCUGUGUGAGCUUAGCAAAGCUAGUCUGGGUUGUUUUUAGUCAUCAAAUGUAGUUUUGAAUCGAUCUCGAAUUGGUGGGAAAGGCUAAGAAGAUGAUGUUGAGAUGGAAUGUAUUUUAUUAAGUUUCUGUGAACUACCCUUAGUUUCUAAGUUUCCAAAUGAAAGUUCCAUUUCCGGUUGAUGUC